ACAAAAAAGAAGUUUCAGGAGAGUUUGAGUUUCUGUUUUCUUAUAGCUUGCUUGCUUUCAUUAGACUGCCUUUAUCCCAUAUGUUUGAGCAUGUAUAUAUAAUUGUACAGAGAUCUACAUGCAUGCAUACCCAUGUCCCCCUGUGUGUGCAUGCCUGUUCUGUGCAUGCUGAAAUCACAAGGCUAUUCCAAGAAGCAAAGGAAGGUAGACCAAUAUGUAUAGCACCCCUUCCUGGGUGAAGAACAUUUUCUUUAAUCUUUAUCUCAAGAGGAAAAUCAGUGUGCCUGGAUGUCUGUGAUAUGGGUCAGGUAGGCCCACACUCACUGAACUUCGCUGAGGCAUACUUGGCUUCCACAGACUGAAAAUGAGCUGAGUAAGGAGUAGGACCUCCUCGGGUCUCUAAACAUGUUGAAGCACUCUGAUAUAGGGAUUCUCAGCUGGUCUAAAAUCAGUAUGACACUUUCACUAGUAGGUAUUAUUAUUUAAUCCUCAUAAUGCAUACAAAACAAACCAAUGUGAUUGUUAUAGUGUAGAUAUUUGAUUAAAAUAAGUAUUAUGUUGUCUUUAGUAGCUGUAACUUGCAAGGAUGGCUGAAAUACGAAACUUCACGUGGGCAGUGGAAGAUAUUUUCAAGGAAACUUUUCUCACUUACAUGAAUGGCUGGAGGAAAAACAUGACAGAAGCGGCAAAUGAACUGCAAGCCAAGGUUGAUGCUGAAAACUUUGACUAUGUUAUCCUUUAUUUGAUGGUGAUGAUUGGAAUGUUCUCCUUCAUUAUUGUGGCGAUUUUGGUGAGUACUGUGAAAUCCAAGAGGCGAGAACACUCCAAAGACCCUUACCAUCAGUACAUCGUGGAGGACUGGGGUGAGAAGUAUAAAAGCCAGGUUCUGAAUCGAGAAGAUCUCAAGUGUGUGGUCCAUGAAAACUUCGGUGCAAGGGACAAAACAAGCCCCGGAUCACCCUGACAUUUCAGAAACAUCAGCAAAGAGGAAAUCAUUAAGUCACAUUUAGGGAACUCACUGGAAUUAUAAAUAGCUGUGAAAUUGUUCACUAGAUUUACACAGUUGAGCUAGAAUGGGCUGCUGAAGAAAUCAACAUCACUGUUUCCUCUGAGAACUCUGACACAGCUGCUUUGGGUAACACCUAAGAAAAAUGCAUGA